AGGAAUGUGGUCUGCACAUCGAGAGAUUGAUGAAUUGACUGUGGUACGGAAGGCGAGGUGUGCUGAUCUGAUCUGACUCGAUUUGGGACCAGGGCCAUUGGACCUACAUAGUUGUAGGAUGUGCGAGGGAUGGUUAAAUGGUCCUGGAUUUCUUGCGCAUUGGAUGAAUUUCCCUGUUUGAUUGUAGGCCAGUCUUCGGUUCUGGUGCACACGAACCUGUUGUGGUAACUUUGUGUCGCUUACUGCUGUGUUCCGUUCGGUCCGAAGGACGACGUCAAGGUCUCUCUUUCUCCGAAGGAUGAGCAUUUUGUAGCAGUAUGCUAGAUACAAGAAUGGAUGAAGGAGUUGGCGAGAUUUUGCUUGUUUCAAUGCUUGUUUCUUGAUUUGUGUGGUGGAGUUUUUGUUAGUGACGAAGGCAUUGUCAGAAUUUCAUACGCUAAAUCUAAAUUUUGAGUUUGGACAACAAGAGUAGCAAGAAUACUUGCUUCUCAAAUGGGUAUAUCUGGCGUUCUUUGAAAGGAAGAUGGUCGGAACGUUCGCAUUAGAGGGAUGCAAGUACCAGAUCACCACGUCCAGCUCCAGAAAUCUUCCUCGUACUUUGGGCAAGAAAUUCGGAUCCUCUGCUAUUUGCAAGGAUCCCACUCUUUGUAACCGCCCUCUGUCGACGAGCACAGCAUGCACAUCGUCAAAAGGGAAGUCAGUAUUCUUCGGGAGCAAUUGCAAUUAUAAGCGCAGAAGUCCUGGAACCUUUUGUGAAUCAUUUCAUACUCGACUUCCGAUCAUGGUGUCUGCAAGCAACUCGACAUCACAGGCCGUGAUUCCUCUUUUGCGGAAUUUACUGUCCGGGAUAGUAAAGCCUUACUUGGAGAAGAAUCCGACUGCCGUAACAGCAUUGCAACUGAUACGAAAAGAGGAUCCCGGGCCUGUCUGUUACGAUCAUUUUGCAUUUCGAACUUUUGGGGUGGAUGGUUGUGGAAUAGAUUCCAUUGCUCAAGUAUUUCUCGAUCUUGGCUACAAAACUCGAGACGAGCUUCGUUUUCCAGCCAAAAAGCUCCGUGCAUUGUGGUUUUCUCCACCUGAGCAUCUCUACGGUGUGGCCGGGGAGCUGGAAAAUGGACCAGUGCCACGCAUCUUCAUCUCGGAGCUCUUAGUGGAUCAACUCAGUGAGAAAUCUCAGAGUAUCAUUCGCAAGUACACUAAGGAUGCAACUCAGUGUGCAAGACAUGCAGCGGCCGCCAGUGUGCUCAAUAGCUUGACCUGGCCCACUCCAUCUUUCGCUGACUACCAACAUCUUGCUAGUGAAAGUGAGUAUGCAGCAUGGACCCUAGUGAACGGCUAUUCACUGAAUCAUGCCACAGUUUCAGUACACCGUUUAUCGCAGAUGUGCCAUAUCAGUAAACUCAACGAGUUUCUCCAAGAACACGGUAUCAAGCUCAACUCAGAAGGAGGCAUAACCAAAGUUAGCCCCGAUGGUGGCUUACAACAAAGCUCUUCUGUUGCCGACUCUGUUCAGUACGCGUUUGCCGAUGGUGAAGUGAAAAAAGUGCCUGGAUCUUACAUUGAGUUUGCGGAGAGACUUGUUCUUCCUGUCUUUUCUUCUCUCAGUGAUGAACAGAUUCAAGAAUGUCAUCGCAGAGAGGGAUUUGAAGUUGGCAAUGCGGACAAGAUAUUCGAGAGUACUUCCUCAGAUCAAAUGAGCUUGAAAGGUUAACUUAUUGAGAGUUCUUGAAGGGUUACGUAAUACUUCGUGACUCACCUGUGUUCUCAUGCGGAAGAAAACAUCUGUACAUCGACGGUCUUGACAUGUAAAUACAAAUUUCAAGACUGCAAUGGACAAGAAAAAUGGAUGAAAAUUUCGUAUAUCAAACACGCUUUUCCUGGUAGUCCAGCUGUACAGUAAAGCUAGACACAGAACUUGUGGUACGCGACAGACGGCAUGAACAUGCUCACUUUUGAUGCAUGUGCAAAGAGUCCACAAUAUGCACAUACCGGGAGAAGCCAAAUCCAGAGAAAUCCAGUCAGCAAUUACAACCCUCUUUAGCGAUUCGCAAUUGCUGAAUAAAUGUAGUUUCCUCAAUGCUCCAGGUGCAUGUUAAAAGCUAGAGAGAUGAACAUUAACAGUAUUGACUAGGAACCUGGAACAAAAAAUUGAAAUAUGUACUUGUUUAUAAGUUUCACCUAUUACUGCAUUUUCAUAUCGCACCAUUUAAUCUAGCACGAGAUCUAGACCUAGACGCCGAAAACAGAAGUCCAUACUGAAUUCCCAGAUAUUGUAUGUUCUUGUUCACCCAAGCUAUAAAUUCGAACAGUGACUGUUCUUCUC